ACAGCGUCAUUUCGGCUGACUUGGCUGGUCCUCGGUCAGCUCGUCAGUUUGAUUCCUCUCAGCUGUGUGUUGGAUUAGCUGCUGCGCGCCGUGCGGGUCUGACACCAACUCUUUCAUGUGACUUUUACUCCUUUAAGUCUCCAUCCAUCCAGCCACCCACUGCGCGCGGAACUUCAUUUUGUAUGUGUCUCUGUGAGCCGGAUCACCUGCGGACCCUCACCACAGCCCACCACCAUCAUGGCCUCUGCCACCUCCACCCCUGCCGGCCCCGGCAGCCGCUCCGCCAGCCGCCGCGGCGCAGCCGCCGGCCUGGCCACAUCCAGCACCAGCCCGAGCUGCCUGUCCCGCAUCCAGGAGAAAGAUGAGCUCCGACACCUCAACGACCGCCUCGCCAACUACAUCCAGCGGGUCCAGGAGCUGGAGAGCGAAAGGUCCUCCAUUCUGAGUCAGCUGGAGGAGAAGGAGGAAUCGAAGAGCCGGGAGAUGGGCAACGUGCGGCGGCUGUACGAGGAGGAGUUGGCCGAUGUGAGAAAGUCCCUGGACGGCCUGGCCGGAGAGAGGGCCCGUCUGCAGAUCGACCACGGCAAUCUGUGCGACGAGUACAGGAAACUUCAAGCCAGGAACCAGAAGAAGGAGGCUGACCUGGCCAACGCGUUGGCCCAGUGGAGAAAAGUUGAGGCGACUCUGAGCUCCAAGGAUUCAGAGUACACGAAGCUGCUGUCUGAGAACAGGAGACUCACCGAGGACUUCACUGACGUCCAGGGCCAGCUGGAGAACGUAGAGGGUGUACUGACAGACAUAAAGAACCAGCUGACCUCUGAGAUCCUGAGGAGGGUGGAAAUGGAGAACCAGGUGCAAACGCUCAAAGAACAGCUGGAACUGCAGAGGAACAUCAGUGAACAGGAGAUCUUUGAGAUCCGAAGCCGGCACGAGAGCCGUCUGGUUGAGGUGGACUCUGGACGACGGAGAGAGUUUGAGAGUAAACUUGCCGAGUCGAUACAGCAACUCCGCAAGGAUCAUGAGUCUCAGCUGCAACAGUACAAAGAAGAAAUGGACCGGACCUUCAGCUCAAAGUUACAGAAUGCCCAGCAGGCUGCGCUGGAGAAAAACGAUGUCGCGUCAGCCACUAAAGAUGAACUGGAAUCCACCAAGCUCAGAGUGGAGUCCCUCAGCUCACAGCUGCAGCAGUACCAGAAAGAUAAAAUGGUGCUGGAGGGCCGCUUUCAGGAGCUGGAGAGGACUCUGGACAGGGAGCGGGAGGUUUGGCAGCAGAAGCUCUGUCAGAGGGAACAGGAGUUGCUGAGCAUGAGAAGCCAGAUGUACAGCCAGCUGGAGGACUACGAGAACCUGCUGGACGUCAAGUUGGCUCUGGACAUGGAGAUCAAUGCCUACAGGAAGAUGCUGGAGGUGGAGGAACAGAGGUUGCAGCUGUCACCGAGUCCCUCACAGCGUUCGACCGUCCCUCGAACACACGUGACACACGAGCACAGCAGCCGCAAGCUCAGAGGGAAGAAGCGGAAACACGAAGGAGCCUCCGGCAGCUCGCCCGCCUACAAGAUGUCCAGUCGUUCAACAGAGCACGGUGCUGUGAGCGUGGCUGACGUUGACAUGGGCGGAAAAUAUGUUAGACUGAAGAACAACUCUGACACGGAGCAGCCACUGGGCGGUUGGGUGGUUCGCAGGAUGUUCCCAGAUUCUGAAAACAUCUCCUUCCACAUCCCCUCCUCCUGCGUCCUGCUUGGUGGGCAGACACUCACAAUUUGGGCAGCAGAUGCGGAGGCAGAGGCUGGAUCUGGGGACCUGAUUCUGCAGGGCCACCGGAGCUGGGGUCUGGUCACUGAUGUCAGGGUGGUCCUUCUGAACUCCAGCAAUGAGGAAGUAGCUGAGCGCAGGGUGCACAUGCAGGGCAGAGGUGACGAGGACACUGAGCUGGAGUUUGAUGAAGAGUUUGUGGCGGGCAGUGACAUCCAGCACUUUCGGAGACAGCCAAAGAGAAAGAAGAAGUGUUGUUCUGUCUCAUGAGCGCAGAGCAGACACCGUGCUGUACAGUAGGAUUUAUCUAAGGAGGCGAGCUGCACCGUCAUGUGAUCGCUUGUUCAUCUCCUGCUUCACAUCCACCUGGGAAAACCUGGACCAGCUCUAGCUCUAGAGGACAAACGUGCUGCUGUCUGGUUCCAGCGUUGUCUCAUUUAACAAAGUCCACUCUGACUGUGUGUACAGUGCUACAGUAGGACGCCCACAUGCUAGUCUGACUGUGAAGAACUCCAGACGCCUUAGAGCAACAGAAUCAACCUCAGUAUUCCUCGUUUGUUUCACCUCUCUAAUUGCACAAGAUAUAAGCUUUGCCUUGAUUUGAUCUAAUUUAAAUGAUUGUGUGUGAGUGAAAUAGAAUUGUUGCCAUAAUAAAGUUCUAAAUACAGUUCAGUCAGACACUGUUUAUUACAACAAAUGAAGUUCUAGCUGAAUUUGGCAGGAAAAGCGGUUUCCUGUUCACGAUGGCUUGU